AUGGCCAGCAAAGUGACCGUCUGUGUCGUCCUCCCACAAGAUUACGCGUCUGCGCCGCGCAAUAAGACCAAGAAAGUUGCCUGGUUCGUGUCCAACUGCGCGGCGCGCAACCAGCGGCUGCAGUUCGCGCGCAAGCUGGCCGCCUACAUCGACGUCGACAUUUACGGCACGUGCGGCUCACUCAAGUGCCCCCGUGCGCGGGCCGGCCACUGCUUCGAGCUGCUGGACCGCGACUACAAGUUCUACCUAGCCUUCGAGAUCAACUGCAAGGACUACAUCACCGAGAAGUUCUUCGUCAACGGUUUGGGGCGUGACGUGGUACCGAUUGUGAUGGGCGCCCGGCCCCUGGACUACGUGCGCGCAUCGCCCGAUCGCUCGUUCAUCCACGUGGAGGACUUCCCGUCGGCGAAGGCGCUGGCCGAAUACCUGCACCUGCUGGACCUGAACGAGACUCUGUACAACGAGUACCUGCGCUGGAAGGGCUCCGGAGAGUUCAUCAACACUUACUUCUGGUGCCGCCUGUGCGCCAUGCUGCACGCGCCGCCACUGCCAAAGGUGUACCCGGACAUCGGCGCGUGGUGGGCGGGGCCAGGCACCUGCCGCAGCGACCGCUGGAGGGACUUCAAGCCCAAGCAGGACCCCGUGGCGUACGUGCUCACCUGACCCUGCUCCGACGCGAGUUUGCAUCAUCCUGCUCCUCCUAGCGGCCAGUCAGCCAACCAAGCGGCCCGCUAAGGCGCAUCAGAGCGCUCUCUUCGAUGACUCUGGUCAUAUGAGGGCACCAACUCGCACUCCUGGAUGGUGCGUUCGAGUGGUAUGGCGUGCUACUGCUGGACAUGGCACGUAUACGACUGACUCAAACCAGGGGCGGAAAACUUGUGAUAAGGCGCCGGCCAGCAGCGCUUGUGACGUGUUUUCCGUGUCGCAAUUGGCUCGGCUGUAUGUUCCGGUCACGUGGUGUUGCCUCUGCAGUUGCACCCGCCUUCGUGUGCCCUGCUACGAACCGGCGGUGAUCCUCGGGUCUGUUGGGCGCUCGCGCGUGACCUCUAGCGUCCGGUCACGUCUGAUUUCGUGCGUCUGCGAUGUGGUAAAUGCCCAGCCAGUGGCUCUAAGGCGAUAUCUUGUUGUAUGAGAUACACAACCGAAACGUUCGUUCGACGCAGCAGCGGCUCGUUUGCAGGCGAAUGUGUUAGCCCUAAUCUUAUUCAGCGAGUGAAUUACUGGCCUUAUGAGAGGAAACAACUAUAGAGAACCAGGUCGCUGGUCUUCUACGUUGCAGUAGCGUGGUGCAGGAUAGGGCAGCGCUGAUGAGAGCGUGAGUUUUCACGCGGAGUCGUAAGUGAAUUCAUUUACUCGUGCGGUAAACGCCGAGUCCGACAAACCAAAGAGCAGCCGUGGAUCUUCCAGGUCGUGCUGCCAUGAACUACAUCAAAGUGUACUGCAUUUUUUUACCAGCUAAUUACGAAUUUAUUCGCGAUUUCGGUGCAUGCAUGUGCUUGUUUUUCAAGGGAACAUUGUGAUUUAACGUGAUUUAACGCGCUUCGUCGUCGAAAAACUUAAUUGCUUAUAUGAGACUGCUUCUUCCUCAGUGUGCUGAGCUAGUGUGAUCUCGAACCUCAAGUGUGACUUGCGCAGUCAGGAUGACAUGUGCGGCUGUACUAACUGCGCCUUGUGGCUACAUAUUGUGUUCAUUCGGACUUGUCCCCAACAUUCCACGCCUUGCUGAUCGACCGAUUCCACAUGAUCUGACAGUGAGCAUAAUAUGUAACGCUACUGCCAUUACUAGAGCCUCACGCUGCAACCUAUACAUUUUGUCAAGUCUCAAAACCAUUCUGGGACAAGGUUUGUCGAUAUAGGAGGUUCCUGUGGUACGACUGGCGCUGCGAGUGCUUUUCAAACACAGUGAGCCUGUUUAAUUCUCGCUAUCUCAGACGCUUCCGAGCAGCUAAGUUUCAGAAGGGCCCUAGGGCACUUCCAGAAGGCACAUCCUUUCACGCGUUGAGCGGCUUCGGUACCUUUGACUCGCACAAUACUAUAACUGCCAUACACUUAAUGUGCAUACGUUUCAGCUCCAAGCAAACCCAAGCUUGCUACGAUGGACUCUGAUAAGGCUUUGAUCAAUAGCGAGGUAUUGGACGCUACACUGGCCAGAAACAGAUGUUAAAUAUACCUUGUGAAGAAGACGCGCCUCCGUCCAGCAGCAUCGCUGCUGGGGGUGAAUUAAUAUUAACGAGAAGGGCGAAUCUACGUUCGGCAGGCUUUUUGUGUGUGAUCUAAAAAAUAUCGACAAUGUUGCACUACCACGAAACGAAGUGGGAAAUUGGAGCCGCUCAUACAGGAAGGUGGACACGCCAUACAUACCGAUGCAUUUCAAAGUGUUAUGCUUUGUGACACGUCAUUUGGUGGGUCACGUAACAGUGCACGGUGCGGUAAAAACGUACACAGUAUCUCGUCCAUAAGUUUAAUUUAUCAAAGCAACACUUCGACUGUCCAAGCAUGGUCAUUUAAUUUUUAAUGCCCAACACAAUCCUUAUGUCCAAGCAUGUUGAUACAUGUUGCACGUUUCGUUAAAUUAUGCUGAAAGUCGGCACCUGACCAUCGCAAUGUAGCCCUGCAACGGAAUCAACCGCACCCAAGAAGUCUCGAGUAGCGAGGGUAACUUUCUGCAUUCAGACAUUGUCAAAAUUACUACAGCAUUCUACGAACUGUCAGAUCUGUUCUCGAUGGCUAUAAGGACUACUUAAUAUACCAGCUGAGAUCAAAAUACCUGACAGGCUAUGCCACUGUCCUCCACUCACACAUUUAGCGUAUAUUUUGCUUUCUCUAAAGAAAGGCGUGCUAUAUGCGCAUGUCGCUUUUUAAUGUUCGUUAAUUUCUUAAGGUGCACUGCUGGUUGAGACAUCGCCGUGACCCUCUGUGCGCAAACCCGCGUCACACUUUCCAAUAUCACUCAACGGCAUAGCCGCAAAAGUACAACGAGCAACACACUGUACAUGACCUGCAAGCAGAACAACGCGUGACGCUUCUAUAUAUAUAUA